AGAAAGCGAGCCAACCAAAGAUUAGUCCUUCCAGUUUUCUUUACCCUACUUUUUGCUUUUGAUAAAAUCCACAAGAAGCUUCUCCUCUGCAAACCAAAUCGAAUGUUAGGGAUCAAUUCGAGUAAAGUCUAAUCGUCUUCCAUCGAUUUCUGCUAGACUAACUCAAUUUUUUCUGGUGGUUGUGUGUUGGAGUUUGAUUUAUCUAUAUGGGGACUGUGGUUGGAACCGUUGAGGACUGCAGGGAGAUGUUUGAUGUCAGUGCUCAGACAAGGAUCACACCUUUUUCUUCAACAAAUCAGAUUGGGAAUCCUGUUGCCUACAAGCUUGUCCGGGUUGCAGGAGAUGGGAGACUAGUUCCUGCUACCGAUGAAGAAAUUUUGGAGGUUAACGAGACGGAUAUGCAUAAUGCAUCAGAUGCUUGUCAGAGUCUAGGCUACCUUCCGACCGAAUGGUCACCUUCUCGGUUGUCCCAACUAGAAGAAUGUUCUGAAGUUCUCAAUCUAGGUUUAUUGCGGUCUGACAAUGUGGAACCAUCUACAGAGCAGCUGAGUUCUCAACCUGAGUAUAGCGAGGAGUUGUUGCAAAAGGCAAAACAGGAUGAGAGGCUUGUCAUGGUUUCUACUCCUCCAGAUGCAAACAUCCAGUUUUGUAAUGAAAACAACAUGUUUGACGAGGAUCAAGUCCACCAUGAGCCCCUUCCUUUCUCAUUAGAUGUUCAGAAUGGAUGCGAUGUGAAUCAAACUAACACUGUUGAACCAUCUUGUCCAAAAGAAACUGCAUUGCCUGCUUCUGCUGCUUCUCAAAAACCUGAUUUUGCUUUAGUUAGAGGUGAGAUCUGCUUGAAUGAUUUGCCUAUUAAAGCACUGCAGGAAACAUUCAGGGCGACGUUUGGCCGUGAGACGACUGUUAAGGACAAGACUUGGCUGAAAAGGAGGAUCACAAUGGGGCUUACUAAGUCCUUUGAUGUACCAACGACGAACCUGACAAUUAAAGAUAACAAGCUAGUUGGAAUUAAAGACAAGUCCAAUGAUGUGUCUGAUGAUGUAAGAGCUACUAACGUUAAGGAAGCACCAUCUAGUAGUGCUUAUCAUGUCAAUGGACAUUCAAAUGCUUCUGGCCGUAGUCUCGGUGUCAACCACUAUUGGGCAACUGAAGAUUUUUCAAGUGAAGAGAGGGCUGCAAAAAGAGUUAGGAAACCUACACGAAGAUACAUUGAAGAACUUGAAACCGAUGACAAGUCAGUGGUUACUUCAAAAGAUCAGAGGCUAUCUGAAAAAUCUGAGGUCAGGUCCAUGAGCGUCUCCUUAGGAAAGAGAGUUACAGUCACCAGGGUGGUGCCUCUCGGUGGAUCUGAGGUUGAGGUUCCUUAUGUCUCUCAUGUCCGGAGAAGCCGUCCUAGAGAGAACUUUAUGGCUCUUAUGGAAUGUCAUACCAAUUGCUUGGAAGCAAAAGGUAGUGCAAGAGAGAGUAACCUGUUGAACAGUGAGGUUGUGAGCCCAGGUUCAGUGGUUAAGUCAGCUUCUGGACCAAUCCAGAAAGAAAUGCAGUUGGCUACGAGUCACAAUAACACCAACGAGGAGUAUAUUCCCGCUGAGGCUGAUCAAGACAUGGAGCCAGAUCACGUAGACUCAUCUGGAAAUAGCUCAGAUGAGUAUAACAACACUGGCGCGCCAAUGAUGCAAGGUGGUGGACUAAGAAGGAAGCAUCAUAGAGCUUGGACUCUGACUGAGGUUACAACAUUAGUAGAAGGUGUAUCCAAGUAUGGAGCUGGGAAGUGGUCCGAGAUCAAAAAGUUUUCCUUCUCAUCUCAUUCACACCGUACCUCUGUAGAUCUCAAGGACAAAUGGCGAAAUCUCCUGAGAGCAAGCUUUGCUCAGAGUCCCUCAAACACCAUGGGAAGUUUCAAGAAACAUGGGUCGAUGCACAUUCCUGUGGAGAUUCUGUUGCAGGUAAGGGAGCUCGCGGAGAAGCAAUCACUGGUCCCUCCGAAUCACCGUUAGGACAAGGAAACAAGAUCCAACUUCUAAAUGUAGCUGAGUUUUGUAAAAUAGCCAACUAAGUAAGAGAGACGAGAAGUGUGAGAUACGAUGAGAAUUUAUGUAGGGGUUAUGUAACUUUAUAAGGAAGCUUUGUGGGUUUAGUUAUAUAUGCAAGAACACUAUGAAGAAGUGUCUUUCUCUGAAGUUGGUGUCUCAUAACAAAACAUGCGUUUGAUUUGGACA